AUGGGGCAGAAGAGAUGUUCGGUUGUGCUGGCCACCUUGUUCCGUGUGCCAUUUGUCAAGUGAAACUGGGCCAAAGCCUCGUGAUUGCUGUUCCGUUUAGGCAACGACUGACGUGCCCUCUGCCUCUAUCACAAAGACUCUAAAAAUCAAAUAAGCGAGUUGUGACUAUAGUGAAGUACAGAGGGGUAGUGGGCGCUGCACUCUGCAGAACCACCGGCCGUGACGCCGCCACCAGCGCCAGCCAUGGCCGCGGAGAGCAGCGCCGUCCAGGGCGGGCGCCGCCGGCACGUGCUCCUGUUCCCGCUCCCGUACCAGGGCCACAUCAACCCCAUGUUCCGGCUCGCCAGCCUCCUCCACGCGCACGGCUUCGCCGUCACCGUCUUCCACACCCACUUCAACGCGCCGGACCCGGCGCGCCACCCGCAGUACCGCUUCGUCCCCGUCCCCGACGGCACGUCCGGCCCCGCGCCCGUCGCCAUCGAGGACGUCGUCGCGCAGAUCCUCGCGCUCGCCGCCGCGUGCGAGCCCGCGUUCCGGGACCGCCUCGCCGCCGUCCUGGAGGAGUACUCCAGGGACGCCGUCGCGUGCCUCAUCGCAGACGCGCAGCUGCUGCCGAUCUUCGAGGUGGCCACGAAGCUCGCCGUGCCCACGCUGGCGCUGCGCACGAGCAGCGCCGCCUGCUUCAAAUGCUUCGCCGCGUACCCACUGCUCUGCGAGAAAGGCUACCUCCCCGUAAAAGAGUCACAGCGUGACAUGCCGGUGAGCGAGCUGCCGCCGUACCGAGUGCGCGACCUGAUAGGUCUCGGCGACGACAGCUGCGGUGCUGGGCGCGAGCUUCUGGCCCGCGCCGUGACGGCCGUGAAGGUCUCCUCGGGCCUCAUACUCAACACGUUCGACGCGCUCGAGCGGCGCGAGCUGGAGGACCUCAGGCGGGACCUCGCCGUGCCGGUGUUCGACAUCGGCCCGCUCCACAAGUUCUCCCCGUCCGGCGACAGCAGCCUGCUGCGCCAGGACCGGAGCUGCCUGGAGUGGCUGGACGCGCGGCCGCCGGCCUCGGUGCUCUACGCGAGCUUCGGCAGCCUGGCCUGCAUGAGCCAGCGGGACCUGGAGGAGACGGCGUGGGGCAUCGCCGGAAGCGGCGUGCCGUUCCUCUGGGUGGUCCGGCCGGGCAUGGUCCGCGGGUCCGCGCACCAAAUGCUUCCCGAGGGGUUCGAGGCCGCGACGCGCGGGCGCGGGAUGGUGAUGUCGUGGGCGCCGCAGGAGGAGGUGCUGCGCCACCGCGCCGUGGGCGGGUUCUGGACGCACAACGGGUGGAACUCGACGAUGGAGAGCGUGUGCGAGGGGGUGCCGAUGCUGUGCCGCACCUACUUCGGCGACCAGAUGGGGAACGCGAGGUACGUGGAGCAUGUGUGGAGGGUGGGCUUCGAGGUGGGCGGCGAGCUCGAGAGAGGCGCCGUCGAGGCGGCGAUCCGCCGGCUGAUGACUGGCGAGGACGGCGCGGAGAUGAGGGCGAGGGCCGGCGAGCUGAAGAAGGCGGCGGAGGAGUGCACCAGCAAGGGCGGGUCGUCGUGCCUGGCCAUCGAUAAGCUGGUCGCGCACAUGCUGUCCCUGUAAAAUUAGCAUUUUGUCCCUCCGUCAUCAUGUUUGUGGUUUUCGUGUCUGAACUCGGUAAUCAGUUGAACCUCUUUUGGCUAUGAUGAAACUUGCCUGAAAGCUGUAUUGCCUGAAGCUUUUUAGCAGCUGAACCUCAUCAAUGGAGCACAUUAUAAGGAGACCUCUA